CAGGGCACUAUAUUUGUAUGUGUCUUGAAGAACCCACGCUUAGAAAUGCUGACAGCAGGCUUCAGGACAGCUGAGCCCCACUAGACACCAAGAAAACCCAUGGCUCUGGCUGCACCUUUCAACAUGACCAAUCCACAGCCUGCCAUAGAAGGAGGAAUUUCCGAAGUAGAGAUCAUCUCCCAACAAGUAGACGAAGAAACCAAGAGCAUUGCUCCUGUGCAGCUGGUGAACUUUGCCUAUCGGGACUUGCCCCUGGCUGCUGUUGACCUCUCCACGGCGGGCUCACAGCUCCUGUCAAAUCUGGACGAAGAUUACCAAAGAGAAGGGUCUAACUGGCUGAAGCCGUGCUGUGGGAAGAGAGCAGCCGUGUGGCAGGUAUUUUUGCUCAGUGCAAGUGUCAACAGUUUCCUGGUAGCCUGUGUAAUAUUGGUGGUGAUUCUCCUGACUCUGGAACUUCUAAUAGAUAUAAAGCUUCUCCAGUUUUCCAGUGCUUUCCAGUUUGCUGGUGUAAUUCACUGGAUCAGUCUGGUCAUUCUGUCUGUGUUCUUCUCAGAGACAGUUCUACGGAUUGUGGUACUUGGGAUCUGGGAUUACAUCGAAAACAAAAUAGAGGUGUUUGACGGGGCCGUGAUCAUCCUGUCCUUGGCCCCGAUGGUGGCAUCCACUGUGGCCAACGGGCCCAGGAGCCCCUGGGACGCCAUCAGCCUCAUCAUCAUGCUCCGGAUCUGGCGGGUGAAGAGGGUCAUUGACGCCUACGUCCUGCCAGUGAAGGUGGAGAUGGAGAUGGUUAUCCAGCAGUAUGAGAAGGCCAAGGUCAUCCAAGAUGAGCAGCUGGAGAGAUUGACACAGAUCUGUCAGGAGCAAGGGUUUGAGAUCCGGCAGCUGCGCGCGCACCUGGCGCAGCAGGACCUGGACCUGGCGGCGGAGCGCGAGGCGGCGCUGCAGGCNNUGCAUCUUCUUUCAGAGGGAACCUUCUCGUCCCCCACACUGCUGCAGCGUCCAGAGAAGCCGCCACGGGGGUGUGCCCGGCCAGCCUGCUCUGUGCCAGCCCUCUGCCAGCGGGAAGUACCAGGGAGUGUGGGUGAGGCCUAUGACCUGGCCACAGUCUUCUGUCCAGUCCAGCCUGAUGGGAUAUGGGAAACCCCCCACCAUGUGGGGAGCUCAGCAAAAUGUGGCGCCUGCCCUCAAAGACUCUGGGGCCCCUCUGUGGGUGGGGACAGAACUGCAGCCCAAGUGGUCAGUUCUGGAAGAAGAGAAUCAGCAGGCCUGAGUGGCACAGAGAGCAGCUUAGAGGAACAGGCGAGCGUCCUCAAAUAUGUAGCCAACGCAGGGUCCUAUCAUGACAGCAUAUCCCUAAACAGACAGAACCUGGACUCGGAUGCCUUUAGCAAGUUGACAUUUGCCCGGGAUGCUGAGUCCUUGGGGGGGCCACACAAGCACAGGGAACUGACCACCUACUGUGUGCAGGAACUGUGCAUGUGGUGGGGAUCCUGUACGCAUGGAUGUCUGGAGCCCUCCGAUGGGCCAGGGACCAUCCUCAAUGAUGCAUCAGCCCCUGCUGCUGGCUGUGUGUUCCCACGAAUGGGAUUUCAAGGUCUCUGCGCUGAGGGCAGCACUUCCAAAGCUGCAGUGAAAGAUGACAUGAAUAGCUACAUCAGUCAGUACUACAAUGGGCCCAGCAGUGACAGCGGUGUCCCAGAGCCAGGUGUGUGUGUGGUCACCACGGCCGCCAUAGACGUCCACCAGCCCAAUAUCUCCUCCGACCUCUUCUCGCUCGACGUGCCCCCGAAGCCAGGUGGCAACGGCACCUGCGCCAGCGCCACCUCGGAGAGCGCCUCCCGCUCCACCCGCAGCUCUGUCACCCGCGCCCAGAGCGACAGCAGCCAGACGCUGGGCUCCUCCACGGACUGCAGCACCGCUCGCGAGGAGCCGUCCUCUGAGACCGGCCCCUGUCCCCUGCCACCGCCACCGCCACCCCAGCAGCAGGUGGUGGAGGCCACAGUCCAGGACCUGCUGUCCUCCCUGUCGGAGGACCCCUGCCCAUCCCAGAGGGCCUUGGACCCAGCCCCACUCGCCCGGCCCAGCCCAGCGGGCUCGGCCGAAACCAGCCCCGAGCUGGAGCACAGGGUAAGUCUGUUCAACCAGAAGAACCAGGAGGGCUUCACUGUCUUUCAGAUCAGGCCUGUCAUCCACUUCCAGCCCGCCGCACCCAUGCUGGAGGAGAAGUUCAGAUCUUUGGAAUCCAAAGAGCAGAAGUUGCACAGUGUCCCUGAGGCCUAGAGCCCCUGGGAAGUGGUGGGGAGGGGACAGUGGGGAGGAGGGGAGACAGCCAUCUUGAAGCUCUCCUGGGACCCUGGAGGCUGCCAAGGGCCACACGCGGGGCCCAGGAGCCCGCCUGACCUCCCUCAGGGUGCUGCCUGCCUCCAGGGAGGUGACGCCAGGCCAGAAGGCCACAAGCCUCAGACCUCAAAGCCCAGAGCUGGCGCCUCCUCUCGCCCUGCUCAGGGGAGGGUGGUGCUCGUGGCUGGGUUUUCUUUUUAACAGUUUUUACAACAACCAGCCCGCGGCCCAGCUUCGGCAGGGUGGAGUGUGGGGGGCCAGCUCAGCCUCUUCCGUUGCCUUCGUUCCUGACGCCCACCCCGGACCCUCGGGAACAGCACUGUGAGCAGGGGCUGCCCAGCCCCACCCCGAGCCGUCUUUCCCAGGAAUCCUGGUGGAGCCGACACAACCACACGGAGACACCGUCUGAGCCUCCUUCGUCCGUCCUCAUUCUCUCAUUCCGGCAUGAGCGUUUCUGAGUCUUUUCAAGACACAUCUCCUUUUCACCUUUACAGGACAUACGGGAUGGAGGUGGGUGGGGGGCAGGGGGACAGCCAUUUUCCAACCUUGGCUUUAAUAAUAAAAACCAGCUGCACUGAGA